AACCACCAGCAUCACAUCACUUCCAUACCUUACAGGUGCGCACAGGUGCACCUUCCUUGUCUAAUGAUGUGGCACAGAGUACUGAUUUCUUGUAUACUGCUGCAAACAGUUAUACAAUCUGAUCAACAACCGCAAUUCUUGGUAAUUUUUCCUGCCCAGCUUCAGAGUCUGACUACUGCCAAAGUAUGUGCACAUGUUUUCAACAUUGACCGUUCCUUCAUUUUGACCAUCACACUGCAGACCAAUGUGAAUAACCAAACACUUUUCCUGGACACUAUAGUGGGUAGUGCCUCUUCACAGGCCCCAAGCUACUACAAAUGUGCUUCAUUCCAGGUUCCAUUAAUACCACAAGUUGUCAACCAGGAUGGUUCUGCUGCCAUUAUGAUGGUAAGAGCAAGAGACAGGGAAAGAAAUGUAAUGUUUGAACAGGCAAAGCAGGUUUUCGUCCUCAGAGCAGCAUCUGGAACAUUUGUGCAGACAGACAAGCCAGUGUAUCUACGAGGAGACAAAGUUCGAUGCCGUAUUGUUAGUUUGGAUUCCAAACUAAUUCCACAAAAUGAUGAGUAUCCAUUGAUUGAGUUAAAGGACCCAGAUGGCAAUCGCAUUGGACAGUGGUUGAACCUGAGGCCCCAGCAAGGUAUUGCAGAAAUUUCCUUUCAGUUAACAUCGGAGGCAAUGCUGGGAGAUUACAUAUUCCAAUUAACAAAGGAAAAAGGAGAGAACAUUUACCAGAUCUUUAGUGUGGAUACCCAUGUCCUACCAAAAUUUGAUGUCAGUGUGUUUGCUCCAAAGGUGGUCACUUUAUCGGAAUCUCAAUUCCAAGUUUCGUUCUGUGGCAGAUAUAUAUACAACAGACCUGUCAAAGGAACUCUUAAAGCUACAAUAUGUCGACUCUUCUAUUUAAGGAUCUCUUCAAAUAUUGUGGACACUGUUUGCCAGGAGUAUUCUGGACAGACUAACAUUACUGGCUGUUACACAACUGUCAUUUUAACUGAAGACUUCUUGUUUGGUUUCUCAAAUUAUCAAAGUUAUUUCAACAUUCAAGCAUCACUGGAAGAAGAUGGAACAGGUAUUAAUGUGACUCAUUCUGAAUAUGUUCCAAUUUCUGAAGUCCUUGUGAAAAUAGAAUUUCAGAAUGCUGAAAAGUACUACAGAACUGAUACCCCUUUCACUGGCAAGCUUGUAAUGCAAAGAUCAGACGGAACUAGAGUAUCCUUUCAACCUGUUUACUUGAGUUUGGUUUCUAACUCCAGUGAUGUAAGGAGAUACAUUACAGAUGCCGAUGGAACAGCUUCCUUCUCUCUGGACACCACCAGCUGGACUGGACCUAAGGAAUUAAGGGCAAGUUACUUUGCCAAUUCCACAAUUUCAGAAAAAUAUGAAGGUGCACGUCUUGAUCUACAGCAGUUUUAUUCUAAUACUCAAAGCUACCUGACAAUUCAGCAGCCAGACCCUGAAUUAAAAUGUGGGGAGACAGCAAACAUUCGAGUGGAUUAUGCCUUCACACAAAAUGAGCUCAGAGGCACCCUCAGUCAAAGCAUUUCCUACCUGGUGAUCACAAGAGGAGAGAUAAUUGUUAAUGGGCAGUACAAUAUUCCCCCAGGAAGGUUGUCAAGUCAAUAUGUUGCAAGGGGUUCCUUUAACAUUACUUUACCAAUCAGUCCAGCUGUUGCACCUACAGCCCGUCUCUUAGCCUAUGCUGUGCUUCCUGCUGGAGCUGUCACAGCUCAAAGAGUCGACCUCAAAGUUUCCAAGUGCUUCAAUAACAAGGUGUCUCUGCAGUUCUCUAAUCCUGAAGUCCUGCCUGGAUCCAAUGUGUCACUCAGUAUUCAAGCAGCUCCAAACUCUUUAUGUGCUCUGAGAGCUAUUGAUAAAAGCAUCUUUCUUUUGAAGCCUGAAAUGGAAAUCACAGCUGAUUUUGUGUACAGUAUCCUGAAACCACAGGAGUUUUCUGGAUAUCCUCUUCAAGUUGAUGAAUUCUUCUACAACCCUUGCUACCCUUUCAGUGAUAUUUAUGACACAUUUUAUAUUUUCAAGAUCGCAGGCAUGAAAGUUAUCACUAACUGUGAAAUGAAGAAACCAUUGCGGUGUAGUAGCAGGAGUAUUUUGGGUGGUUCCAGGCUUCAUCUACCUGUAAGUGAAUGGAGCAGUGCAUUGUUUGUCCCGCCUCCAUAUGUGGUUAAAUCCCAAACGCGUACGGACUUCAGUGAAGUAUGGAUCUGGCAACUAGAAUCUAUAGGAAACCAGGGGAAAAAUAUUACAUUACCUAUUCCAGACACUGUCACUGAGUGGAAAGCCAGUAUGUUUUGUACAGCCAGUACUGGAUUUGGAUUGGCAGAUGCUGUAUCAGUAGUGACAUUCAAACCAUUCUUUCUGGAACCAUUGCUUCCAUAUUCUGUAAUUCGGGGAGAAAGUUUUGAACUGAAGGCCAAGGUCUUCAAUUACCUACAAGACUGCAUCAUGGUUCAAAUUAGGCUAUUAGCAUCUGCAAGUUAUACUUCUGUUUCCAAUCCCAACCACCAGUACACAACAUGCCUCUGUGCAAACAAGGAGAAAACAGUUUCCUGGACCGUGACUCCCAUCACUUUGGGUGUGAUCAAUAUUACAGUCAGAGCUCAAGCUGUACUAUCCAGCAGAUUAUGUGGUAGUCAAAUACCUAAUGUCCUGAGGGAAUAUGAUGUGGACACUGUGGUUAAAACUCUCUUAGUUUUGCCCGAAGGACUUCCUGUGGCACUGUCGAAGACCUCAAUGAUAUGCGUAAACAACACAUCUGUCAAAGAAGAAGCUGACUUUCAACUUCCUCCUAAUGUGAUUAAUGGAUCUGCAAGAGGAGAAAUAAUUGUAAUCGGUGAUAUUAUGGGGACUGCGAUGCAAAACAUUGAAAUGCUUCUUCAGGUUCCUUAUGGGUGUGGAGAACAGAAUUUGGUUUCAUUUGCUGUUGAUGUCAGUGUCUUAAGGUACUUAAAGGCAACCAAUCGUCUAACAAGUCAAGCUAAACAACAAUGGAGCUUAUUUCUGCAAAAAGGUUACCAGAAGCAACUAAACUUCAAGAACAGUGACUGCUCAUUUAGUGGUUUUGGACCAAAAGAUACUGAAGAAGGAAGCCUCUGGCUCACAUCAUUUGUAGCAAGCCAGUUUGCAAAAGCUUCAGAGUUCACAUUCAUUGAUGGGAAUGUAAUCGACUGUGCUGUCCAAUGGAUACUGCAAAAACAACUGGAAAAUGGCUGCUUUGAGAGGACUGGCAGGAUCUUUCAACCAUCUCUUAAGACUGCCGUGAAUGAUGAUAUUUCCCUUUCUGCGUAUGUCUGCUAUUCGCUUCAGGAACUUCCAAAUCGCACAGCACAAAUCGUAAGUAUAUGGCAAUUAAGCUAA